AUGGCUCCUUCUCCUCAAGAACACGUGGUCGCUGACCAUGUGACCUUGGAAAAGCCGAUCUCCACCCUGACAGGAGAUGAGAUAGUGAUCAGUGGGAUGUCAGGGAUAUUCCCUAGUUCCACUAGUGUGUUGCAGUUUAAGGAGAAUCUGUUUAACAAUGUUGACAUGGUGACCAUGGCUGAACCCCGCUGGGUGUUCAACCACCCAGAAGUAUCGAAGCACCUGGGUAAAGUGGAGGGGAUAGAAAAAUUCGAUGCCCAGUUCUUCAAAGUGCACUACAAGCAAGCCAUAACUAUGGAACCUAUGAGCAGAGUGUUGCUGGAACACGCGUAUUCUGCUGUUUAUGAUUCGGGAAUCAACCCCAUCGAACUUCGCGGAAAAAGAGUGGGAGUGUUCAUUGGAUCUGCUUUUUCUGAAUCUGAGAAAACUAUCAUCUUCGAAAUCAUUCAACGCAAUGGUUUCGGAAUUAGUGGUUGCAACCGAGCUAUGUACGCCAACCGUAUAUCCUAUUGGAUGGACAGCAAGGGUCCAUCCUACGCGUUGGACGUAGCCUGCGCUAGUUCCAUGACAUGUCUAGAACACGCGUACAAGAGUAUUAGUUCAGGCCAAUGCGAUGCUGCCAUAGUUGGAGGUUGUAAUUUAUGCAUGCACCCUAAUGUGUCGCUGAAUAUAAGACGUGCUGGAUUCCUUUGCACAGAUGGUAAGACCAGGUGUUUUGAUAACAACGCCGAUGGUGCAGUAAGAUCGGACGCAAUUAGUGUACUUUUCGUUCAGAAGGCCAAAGAUGCAAAGAGAAUUUAUUCCCAAGUGUAUCACGUCAAAGGGAAUUAUGCUACAAAUCCAAGGGUGGAUGACGAAGAAUUCCUUCCCACACGCGAGCCGAAAGAAAUUGUGGAGUUUCUUGAUGCUUUUUAUUCUGAGAUAGGAAUGGACCCGACUAACGUUGACUAUGUAGAAGCGUAUGGUUCAGCUCUCAAAAGAGCCGAUGGGAAUGAAUUAGAGGCAAUUGGUAAGGUGUUCGCCAAGGACAAGCCUAUUAAAAUUGGUAGUGUCAAAUCUAACAUGGGUCACAGUGAACCAGCAUCAGGCGUUUGUUCGUUGACUAAGGCAUGCCUUGCUUUCCAAAAAGGCGAGAUUCCAGCCAACCUGCAUUACAGCGAGCCACAAAAUCACAUUCCUUCAGUGAGAGAUGGCAAAAUACAAGUUUUGACUGAGAACACGCCUUUUAACAGAGACGGAUUUAUAGCCCUGAAUAACUUCUCAUACAGCGGGGCCAAUCUGCAUGUGUUGUUGAAAGGACAUUACAAACCAAAGGACCCAGAGCGCUACAAAAGCAGCAUUCCCCAACUGGUUGUAAUCUCUGGGAGAUUAGAACCUUGCGUGCAGAUCAUUCUGGAUGCCUUGAAGUCACACCCAAUUGAUCCUGAAGAAAUUGGUCUCUUGAGGAGCAUCCAUAGUCGCGACAUUCCAGGGCAUUUGGCUAGGGGCUACGUCAUACUGGACACCAAUGAGAAGAACGAGACAGUAACAGUGGCCGAGAGCACAGAAUACUACCCAGACACGACCCACCCAGUCUGGUUCGUGUACAGCGGCAUGGGUUCCCAGUGGGCCGGAAUGGGGGCAGAGUUGAUGAGAAUUCCAAUAUUUGCUGCUGCUAUUGAAAAAUGCCACAAAGUACUUGAACCCAAGGGCUUGGAUAUCGUCAAGAUCCUGACUGACCCCGACAAGACCAUCUACGACAACAUCCUCAACUCUUUCGUCGGCAUCGCAGCUGUUCAAAUCGGUCUCACCGAUAUCUUGAAAGCUAUUGGUAUCGAGCCCGAUAAUAUUAUUGGUCACAGCGUGGGCGAGCUCGGAUGCGCGUACGCCGACGGCUGCUUCACCGCCGAAGAGAUGAUCUUGUCGGCUUACAGUCGUGGUCUGGUCUCCGUCCAGACUCCCUUCAUCAAGGGCUCUAUGGCCGCUGUUGGUCUUGGAUAUAAAGCUGUGCUCGCACUUUGCCCACCCGAAAUUGAAGUGGCCUGCCACAACAGCUCCGACUCCUCAACUAUUUCUGGACCCGCUGACAUCAUGAAGGAGUUUGUGGCAGAGUUGACGGCCAAGGGAAUCUUCGCGAAGGAAGUCCCCUGCUCCAAUAUUGCAUACCAUUCCAGAUAUAUAGCUGAAGCUGGGCCUGGGCUUCUCAAAUACCUGGGUGAGGUGAUCAAAGACCCCAAGCCUCGCAGUGAGAAAUGGGUGUCCACUUCGGUGCCACAGGACAGGUGGUCGGAACCCAUCGCUAAAUACUCAUCUGCUGAGUAUCACACGAACAAUUUGUUGAAUUCUGUCCUCUUCGAAGAGACGUCAAAACUGAUUCCUCCAAACGCGACAGUAAUUGAAAUCGCUCCCCAUGGUCUUUUACAAGCGAUUUUAAAGAGGUCGUUGAAAGAUUGCAACAACAUUCCUUUGACAAGACGAGCCCAUACCGACCCUGUUAAGUAUUUGCUGGAAGCUAUUGGAAAAUUAUUCCAAGCUGGCCUCAACCCGAAAGUCGAUGUGUUGUACCCAAAAAUUGAGUUCCCAGUGUCUACGGAGACUCCACUCUUAUCGCACUUGGUUGGGUGGCAACAUUCAGAAAAUUGGCCUAUCGCCCGUUACUACAGUCAAGAUAGAAUUUCGUCCAUUAGCCGUAAUUUCGUGAUGUCAAUUCAUGAUGACGACUACCAUUACAUGAAGAGUUUCAUUAGAGACGGUGAACCAGUAUUCCCUGAAACGGCAUCUUUACUCCUUGUCUGGGAACUGAUGGCUAUGUACAAAGGCGUUGAUUACAGGCAGAUGUCAGUUGAAUUUAAUAACGUCCAUAUAACUGGCGAGGCUAAUAUUACAUCCGAAAUGCCUCUUAGACUUGGAAUCAGUAUCCAUAAGGGAAACAAUCAUUUUGAAGUAAGUUUCAAUGAGAAGAGUAUUGUAAAUGGAUAUGUUACUGUGCCAUUUUCCAAAGAUAUUGGCCACCAAGAAAUCGAUGAAACUGAAACAGUGGAUGAUGUUAUUCUCAACUCUGAGGAUAUUUACAAAAUUAUGGAACUGAGAGGGUUUACCUUCAAGGAUAUAUUUAAGUCCAUAGUCACAUUGAAUUCACAACGAAACAAGGCAACUGUAAUAGCAUCAGAUGAAUGGGUGACGUUCCUGGACUCACUCAUUCAGUUCAACAUGAUAGCACGAGACCACGACGGUGUAUCCACGCCUAAGUUCAUCAAACACUUAAGUAUCAAUGUUGACAAACACAAGGAAGCUGAGGCGAAAAUUGAAAAUGGCGUGGCCACUUACGAAGCUAAACUCUACAAGAGUUAUAAUAUCGUUCAAUGUGGUGGGGUUCAGCUUAGUGGUAUUACAUUUACUGAUAUACCUAAAGUUGAAGAAGAACCUGACAUGCUUGAAACACGUACUUUUGUACCCAAUUUUAUUACUGGAGAUGUUGAUGUAUCAACAGCUGUCUUGGUAAAUCUUCAAAUCGUUGGCAACAGUAGUGUGAAAAAGACGGUCAAAGUUACCGAACUAGUUAACAAGAGCCCCAUAUUUACAAAUGUAAUUAAUUUCGAAUCAGACAAAAUACUUGAGAAUGAAUUUGUUGUUCAAACUGUCGAAGUGGGAAAUAGCAAUUUUGAUGAAUUAGCAUCAGAACAAAAUGUUAAUGAUGCUGAUUUGGUCAUUGUCAAUAAUUUAGUAAGAAAUGAUAAGCGAUCAAAGAAUCUAUUCAACAUUCUUAAGAAAGACGCUUUUGUGUUAUCUUUGGAGCAAGAUACGAAUGAAACUCAUUCAAUAAAGUCCAAUCUGUUUGAAGCAGUCACUGCAAUGUAUAUUAAUAAACAAAUUUUAAUGCUACUUAAGAAAGUAGACAAGCAAAAAGAGAAGGUUUACAUCAAAGUAUCUCAAGACAGCAAGUUUUCUUGGGUGUCAAAGUUGGAAAGUGAACUGCUUAAGACCAAAUCAAUUGUGUUGGUUUCAGAAAGACAACUGUUUUGUGGAUUAAUCGGUUUAGUAAAAGUAUACAGAAAGAAAUUUGGCGACCAAAUAUCCCUUCUGGUUAUCGAUGACUACAACGCGCCGUCGUUUGACCCGGAAAACAGUCUUUACAAAGAGCAACUUCAGAAGAAUUUGCCAUUCAACAUUUUGAAGAAGGGUCAAUGGGGCGGAUAUUACUAUCUGCCUAGUCCAAAGACGGUCAAUCUUCAAAAUGUGACCCUUGUCAAUACGGUGGUUGGUGAUAUUGAUAGUCUGACAUGGGUUGAGGCACCACCUGUACCUUCUAGCAGCAAUUUGGUACAGGUCUGUUACGCCGAUGUAUCGUUCAAAGACGUUAAAACUGCGAUCCACGAUGAUACGGCAGAACAAUAUAGAUUUGGAAUGGGCUACAGUGGAAUCAACAGCAAUGGUGAACGAGUUAUGGGAGUUAUCAAGGGCGGUGCACUAUCUAGCACUGUAGAGGCUGAUCCAGACCUAACUUGGCCAGUGCCAGAACACUGGAGUUUGGAAGACGCGGCUACAGUACCUCUUCCGUAUCUCCUUGCUUUCUAUUGUUUGGGUACAAAGUAUGGUCUACGCAAAGGUGCGUCUAUCUUCAUCAACGGCGGCGCAGGCGCACUGGGCCAGGCACUUAUUUCUGUGGCAUUGUCUCUCAAGUGUAACGUCUUCACUAAUGUCAGCUCUAUUGCGAAGAAACAACUGUUGCUUAAGCUGUUUCCUGAGCUUAAAGAAAGCCAUAUUGGUGAUUCAAGAAUUGAAGCCUUUGCCCACAUGGUUAUCAAUGAAACAAAUGGACAGCUUUGUCAAUUGGCUAUCAACUGUGCUAGCGGACCUAUGCGUGAGGCUACAAUGAAAGUUCUAGGCCUGAGCGGCUACUUACUGGACCUGAAUGAUUACGACAUGGCUCUAAACAAAGACCUUGGGAUGGCAUUCUUGAGAAACGAGAGGAACUAUAGGGCCAUUCGGCUGUCGUCCAUAUUCAUGCCGCAGUAUUUGGAGGAGAAAAAGAAACUCCAACUGCUGAUAAGCGAAGGUAUUGCAAUCGGCAGCGUAAGGCCUGUGACCCGAGUGGUCUACUCUCCUAAUGACGUCACGAGGGCAUUCAGACUCAUGUCCAUGAACAACCACAUAGGGAAAGUUUUAAUUAGAAUGAAGGACCCAGCGGCCAUAAAGCAAGGAGUCAAGGUUGUGCCUAGGGUCAGUUACUCUUCUACUGGAAGCUACGUAGUGAUAGUCGACGACAAUGGCCUGGGAAUCGAACUGGCUGACCAUCUCGUGAAGAGAGGUGCAAGGAACCUGGUUAUACACGUGAUGCCUAACUAUAUCACAGGAUACUUUUAUACCAAGUUGACGUCCUGGAAACAGCUGGGUGUAUCGCUAAAACUUUCAUCAGCCAACCUUGAAACACAAAAUGGAUGCGUUAACUUAUUCAAGGAGGGUGCCAAUUUGGGCCCGGUCCGUGGCAUUUUCUUCGUUCAAGAUUCCAAAAUGGCGGACGAAGCUCGCGAUUUCGCCACGGACUUCAAUAAAAGCACCCUGAUUGUCGCAAACUUGGAUCUGGUUUCUAGGAGUCAUUGUCCGGAGCUAAGCAAUUUCGUGGUAUUGAGCCACGUGACAGCGAACGCCUCAUCUGAAUUCGCAGCGGCUGCCUCAGAAAAAGUUUGUGAGUUGAGACAAGAUGUUGGUCUUCCGGCAUUGGCGCUACGCCUUGGUCCUAACCAGCUGCAGCAAUUCUCCAGCUGUUUCCAAUCAAACGUCCGCCCGCAGUCCACGUUCGCAGUUUUCAACGCUCUGGAUACGGGCCUCAAGUUGAAACAUUCCAACAUGCUCACUUUCGAUGUGAAAAAACGGAACGCCGACUAUUUAAUCCGUAUAGCAAAGAUCAUUGGAAACAAGAUCAUGAACAGUACCAGCGAUGACGUCACUAUAGAAGAAUUGAAUCUAAACGAAGUCAACUUGGAGGAAAUCAAAUCUGUGAUAAAGGAAUUCUAUAAGAUAAGACAUCCGACUGAAGCCAUUUUGGAAAUGACAUUGGCCGAGCUUAAAUCUGUAGAGAACAUGUUGAAAGUGCCUUCAACAAAUUUCAACGCUGGUCUGGGAGCCUUCAUCAGGUUUAUUGACAUUGACGAAUGUAUGGCUGCUGAGCCCAUGGUAUCUUUGCCUACGCAACUCAGUAAUGCUACAGAGAAAGAAGAAGAAUUAGACCCAAAAGCAAGUUACCUGAUGCUGUUACCCGGCUUCGAAGGGCACCACGAGAUCUUCAGAACAGUCUGCGAAAGAGUAAAGAUCCUGACUAUGGUCCUCCAAUUGGGGCCGGACCAGUCCGCCGAAAGUAUUCCCCAAAUGGCUGCAGAUCUCAUGAAGUUCUUGAAGAAAAGGUUCGAGUUCAAGUCGAAGUUUUACUUGUUAGGCUACUCUUUUGGAGUCAACGUGGCUCUGGAAUUGGCCGCUUUGCUUGAGAGCGAAGGUCACGUCGGCGUCGUUUACUGCUUGGACAGCAGCCCAGACGCGUUACGGGCACAACUAGAUGCCUAUAUCGGCAAAAUGUCAGACACAGAAUUGCAAAAUUACAUUAUCGAGCACAUGUAUAAACUGAUGUCGGGCCAAGAAAACAAGGAGUUAGCGAAAGAACUGCACAAAAUAGACGAUUGGCACCAAAAGAUCGAACUGGCAGUGAUAAAAUUGAGAGACUUGGUAAACUACUCACACGAGUACAAGAGGACUUUGCUGAAUUCGCUUUACAGAAGAAUUUUAAUGAGCAGAGAAUAUGAACCGAAAUUCGUUUUGAAUUCAGAACUUGUAUUGAUGAAGGGCAUACCGCAUCCCAAUGCAGUUGAACUACCAAAUGACUAUAAUCUAUCGAAAUAUACUAAGCAACCUGUUAAAAUCUUCGACCUUAAACACGACCAUGCGUUAGCUCCACAAGACUGCAGAAUUUCUAACAUCAUCAAUAACUUCUUGGAGCCAAGCAUUCUGGAAGAUUUUAAAUCUAAAAAUCUUUGCGAAACGUACUUGGCUGAUGCUCAAAAAGUGUUGUAA